AUGGACACGGCGACGCUCGUUGCGGGCGGCGGCGGCGGACGUGAGCUGCAGCCGCGGGCGUCUGGAGGGAGCAUCGAGGGUGAGGUGGAGCAGCUUAGCACUGCCCUGGGAGACGGGAAGUCGGUGCCCACUGAGGCCGAGGGGAAUGGAAUCAAGAUCGUGCAACUCCGGCGGCUUCUCGAGGAGGAAGGCCGCGAUGUGGCUUCACGCGCCGACGCCCUCGUGAGCGAGCUGCAGCCGUGGUCGUCCGGCGGGGGGAUCGAGGGUAAGGUCCGGCAGCUUCACACCGCCCAGGAAGUCUUCAAGUUGGUGCUCGCUGAGGCCGAGGGCAAGCAGAUCGAAAACGUGGAGUUGGCCCGGUCUCUCAAGAAAUUCCGUCAGAUGGCCUCCCGCGCGGGCGACCUCGUGGGCGAGCUGGAGCACUACCGCAUCCAGGAAGAGCUUGAGCAAGAGGGGCACGAGGAUGAUGACCAUGAGAAGGAUAGUCGGGUGGAUGGAUCCCAGAGCCGCCUGAUUCUGGAGAACACGGAGUCGGCCGAGGUGUUUCAGGUUGGUCAAGACACUGGAGAAGAUUGUGCUUUUUGCACAGAAGAUUCAUCUUCAGCCGCUCUUCAGAUUCUGCCCUAUGUUGCCAACUCUACGGUCCCUGCUAGCAACACUAGCCUGGAACCUCGUCUUGGCAUUUCACGUGAGAUAAAUGAACACAUUCGGGCAUGCUGCAAAAUGGCCAAGAUUCUGCUUGAGGCUCUUGUGCCAGCAAAACUGGAUGACCUUUCCCGUAUUGUGCAGAAAAAUCAGAGCAUAGGAACCAAUCUUCGAGAGACGUCGUCUUUCCUCACUGAACCCAAAGUUUAUGGUAGGGACGAGGACCGGGAUCGGAUAAUAAGAAAGUUAACAAGUGAUGAAUCUGCUGGGCAAGACCUCUCCAUCCUUUGUAUCAUCGGUUAUGGAGGUGUUGGGAAGACUACUCUGGCCAAUGUGGUAUUCAAUGAUUCGGCUGUCUCAAAGCAUUUUCCUGUACGACUGUGGGUUUAUGUGUCUGCUCACUUUGACCAAGCUAAGAUUAUACGCAAAAUGUUGGAGUCCUUGACUGGGAACAAGCAUGAAGACAUCAAGAGUUUGAAGGACCUCCAGAGGACUCUGGAAUCUGAAGUGAAGUCAAAAAGGGUGCUUCUUAUUCUGGAUGACAUCUGGGAAGACAGCCAAAAGGAAAAAUGGGAUGAUCUGUUAACUCCACUACAGUCCAAUGGAGUCAAGGGAAACAAGAUACUUGUCACAACUCGGAAGCCUUCUGUUGAGAAAUUCAUGAGAGCGAAUGCUAAAAUUAAUCUGGAGGGUUUAGAUCCAGAUGACUUUUGGCAUUUGUUUACGGAAUGCGUUUUUGGAAAUGAGAACUACAAAGUACCUCCAAAACUGCAGAAAAUUGGGAAGGAGAUACUUGUCAAAUUAAAAGGCAAUCCUUUAGCAGCAAAAAGUCUGGGCAAAGUAUUGAGAAGGGAUCAUAAUCCUGAUUUCUGGGCAACUAUUCUGGAUAAUAAUGAAUGGAAGCACAGAACUGAUGACUAUGAUAUCAUGCCGGCCUUGAUGAUCAGCUACAAAUAUUUGCCAGAGCACCUCCAGCAGUGCUUCUCGUACUGUUCUUUGUUCCCCAAGUAUCAUAGGUAUGAGAAAAAAUGUCUGGUCAAUAUUUGGAUAGCCCAGGAUUUGGUAUCUUCCACUGAUGUACGGCUGGAGGAAGUUGGAGGUCAGUUCUUCCAUGAUCUAGUCGAGUGGGGCUUUUUCCAAAAGGAAUUUGAAUUUGGAGACUUACACAUCAUGCAUGAUCUCAUUCAUGAUUUGGCACAGAAAGUUUCGUCGGACGACACGUACACUAUAGAGAACAGUGAGCAUAAAGAAGCACCCUGGCUUGUUCGUCAUGUCAGUGUAAUCACAGCAAGGGAGUACACGUCUCAAGUAGAUGGAACGGUGCUUCUUAAUGAGCCUUUUGUGCAAGAGUUUGCCAAUUCAUUCGGCAAAUUGAAACAAAGUAAAUUAAGCACAUUUAUGCUAUUUGGACCGCUUGACUUGGCUAUUGGAAACACAAUUCGUCAAGAAUUCAGUGAGGUGAACUCGGUUCGUGUGUUGACAUUGGAGAUGGCAGUCUUUGAUUUAGAUUUAGUGAUAGUAAACAUCUCAGCAUUUGUCAAUCUUCGCUAUCUGGAGUUGAGCUGCUUUUAUAAGGGACCCAGGUUAGAACUGCCAGAGGCAAUAUGUAGCCUAUCUCAUCUGCAAGUCCUGGAUAUAAUGAAGAACUGGGGAGAUAGCACAGUUUUACCGAGAGGCAUGAACAAGCUUGGUAAGUUGCGCCAUUUUAUUGCCAGAGAUGAGUUGCAUGCAAAAAUAGCCGGUGUUGGGAAGAUGGUUUCCCUUCAAGAGCUCAAGACAUUUUGUGUUCGAAAGGCAAGUGAGUUCAGCAUAAUACAACUCAAAAGAUUGAAUCAACUCAGAGGAUCAAUUAGAAUUUGCAAUCUUAAAGAUGUAGGAAGCCAAGAGGAGGCUGCGGAAGCAAGGAUAUGUGACAAGGUCCACCUCACUACUCUGCACCUAUCAUGGAGUGGUGUGAAUGGGCAAAACGUUGGUUUUUCAAGUAACUGUUCUAUCCUCGAGGAUCUCCAGCCACAUGCUGGCCUUGUAAAUCUUAAAAUCGAAGCAUACAGAUAUCCUUCACCGUCAUGGCUCAGCAACAAUAUUCAUCUCACCUCAUUGCGGUCACUCCAUCUGGAUAACUGCAAAAAAUGGUGCACAAUUCCAGAACCCAAGCACUUGCCUCUGCUCCGAGAGCUAAAUUUGCGUCAUAUGCCUCGUGUUCGUGAAAUCGUGAUUGGUCGUUUGGAGAUUCUGGUAUUAUACUACUUGCCAUGUUUGAGGCGCUGCGCAGUUUUGAACGAGGAACAGUUAUCUGAGAGUCUACAGGUUCUCGAAGUUGAGAAUUGUGAUCGAUUGGUAGAGUUUCCCUUGCCGGUACUGCAAGACUUCCAGUUUACUAGUCUUCACCGGCUUGUCGUUCAUAUGUACUUUUGCUUCAGACACACUAACAUCCCUCAGCUUCUGCGCAUGGAUUCUCUAAAGCAUGUAGAUUUGUGGUUGCAACCAUCUUGCCAGGAAUUUCAACUACGAUUAGGCCCAUCAAAUGCGCUCCGCAUGCAAAUCAUAGGAAGUCAUUCUCAACCUGUUCUGAGAAUAGAGGAAAGUUUGUUCGGGUUUGACAAACUAAAAAAUUUGGUGGAGCUUGAAAUCACAACGUAUCCACAUCUGACAUACCUGCCAUGGGAGGGCUUGCAACACUUGACAUCGUUGAAAAGGUUCAAAAUGAUAGUGUGCAGCAAACUGUUUUCUAAUAAUGUUGAGUUCAUUCUGCCACCAUCAGUUGAAGAACUCGAGUUUCAUUCCUGCAAUAUUACGGAGCAACAUCUGUCGCAACUCCUGCUGAACCUUCCAUCACUCAAGAAACUUGUCAUAACUAACUGUGAAGAGGUAACGUCCUUACCUGUAGGGCUGUUUACAGAUGAACACAGCCAAAUGCCAGAAGGCUCGUGGCACAUUGCUUCCAAUUGUUUGCCGAGUCUUGAGAGGUUGCAGAUCACCUUCCCAGAGGGUAGUAGUGUAAUUGCGGCGAUGCAUUUUUCAAACCGGAAGGGCUUUGGAAGAUUUGUCUCUCUCAGGGAAGUCAUCAUUGAAAAUUGUCCUACUCCCCUAUCCACUAUGGUUUCAGGAAGAGCAUCUAAAGUCCCUCCACCUUCUCUAGUAAAACUCAUUGUGACUGACAUCGAGGACAGCUGUCUGCAGUUUUCACAACUCUCUUGCCUUGUUGAAUUACAAGUCUUGCGAUGUUCGUCUUUGACAAGCGUCAACCUGGAUUCUUGCACCGCAUUACAAGACCUCAAGAUUGAAGGAUGUAAAUUGCUAUCGUCAAUUGAAGGUUUGCAAUCAUGUAAAACGUUGCGGCAUUUGAGCAUCCACGGUAGUGAAGCGCUACUAUCACUCAGAGCAUCGCUUAGCACCCUGACAACAGUGAGUAUAGAGAAGAAUCCAAAUUUGGCAUGUCUUGACCUGCACACAUGUACAGCACUGCAGAAACUACGCAUUGAAGGCUGUGCUACAAUGGCUUCUUUUGAAGGUAUUAAAUCCCUUGUCGGUCUGAAGGAGUUGAGAGUUGAGAACUCUCCAGGCUUCAUAAGGUCAUGGAUUUCAGCAGCAGCGGAAGUUGAGAGCGAGGACAGCUACUUCAUGGGAACACUUCAGGUGCUUGAUAUUGAUAACAUUAGUGUCCUAUGUAUGCCCAUAUGCUGCCAGUUAACUUCUCUGAAGACACUGACCAUUGAUGGAGCCCGUACGGUGGGCGUAUUGACGGAUGACCAUGAGAAAGCGCUUCUACUUCUCACCUCCUUGAGACAUCUUGAACUCAACAACUUUAAGCAUCUCAGGUCACUGCCGGCUGAAUUCCAGUCCCUUGCAUCACUGGAAAGAUUUACUCUUGUCAAUUGUGAGCGUAUCACUUCCUUGCCCGUGGGGGGUCUCCCGGCUUCGCUGAAGGACAUGGAUCUGAAAGGCUGCAGUAAAGAGCUAAAUGCAUCGUGCAUAGAAAAUUAUCAAGCUCGAAGGUUGCAUCUAUGGGUUGACGGAACCGCAUAUGAAUAA